AUGGUCAGGGAAGAAAACAAUUGCCCAUGUGAAAACCCAUCACGUAAUACACCCCCUACCACCGGAAUCACCAGAAGAAAUCACCGGUACCCGGCGGAGGAAGGCGGAGGGCCACAAGAUCCAGACGUCGGAUGCUCCGGCCAGUCUUGCCGGUCAUGCACGGCGGGAGCAAUCGCCGACUGCGUGGCAGUCUGUUGCUGCCCUUGCGCUGUCGUCAAUUUCUUCACCCUCACUUGCCUCAAACUUCCAUGGAUGAUGGGGAGAAAGUGUUUGGGUUUAGGUAAUAAAAAGAAAAAAAAGUUAAAAAACGAUGAAAAAGAAAAGGACAGAAGUGGAAUUUUGAGAAAAGUUGAGGGACUAGAAAGUAAAAAAUCGGAAAAUUUAAGAGCUUUAGAAGAACAAGAAGACGAAAAAGACGACCACAGUGCAAGGUUCGAAACAGAAGUCUGGUUAGAAUUGUAUAAAGUUGAUGAGUUAGGUUUCGGUAGAGUGUCCUUCACUGGAAUUCAAUCUCUCGAGUAA